AAACCUAAAUUCUGUCGUCAUUGUGAUGUGGUAGUUAUAAGUUCUGGUAUAAUCAAGAAGAAAGCUGAUCUACCAGUAUUAACCAAGGAGGAACAGGUCAGGACUGAAUCUGAAGGAGAUGAUGUGACAUUCUGUAGUAUGAAUUGUUACAUGCAAUUUUCUAUAACUCAUCAGUCAGCUCAUGCACAAGCCAUGGAGACCAAAGAAAGUGGAAAUAUCGUGGAGCAUAAAAGCGUGGAGUCAACACCGACAACAUCCCCACGUAAUGUCAUGUCAGCAUUAUCAAUUACAACAACGCCACCUAGUGGAUCAUCAUCAGCCAAUCAUACUCUCCCAUCAACGCCGACCACCCCAUUACUUACACCGAACUUUGUAGCUCCUAAAGAAAGUCCCUCACCUAAUACCCUCAGUCCUCAGAUAAAGUUUAAACAGGAAGAGAAGAUGAGUAGAAAGUUAAAAAGAAUGAGCAGUAUGACUUCUGAUCCUCCAAAGGUUUUCAAGAAAUGGAAAGAUAUACGAUGGAAAUAUUGGGAUAUUGAAAUCUCUGAAAGUUUAGUCAAAGUUAAGAAGCACUCUAAAUCAGAAAUCAAUGAGUUAUGGGCUAAAUUAGAACUAUACUAUAAACCUAAUCCAAUGCCUGAAGAUACCAGAGUGUGUUCCUUCUGUACAUUAGUUGGUGAUGGUAAACCAAAUGGUCCUGGCAGGUUAUUGAAUUUAGAUGUUGAUAAAUGGGCACAUCUAAACUGUUCACUGUGGUCCAGUGAAGUAUAUGAAACUCUAAAUGGAGCAUUGAUGUCUGUAGAUAUAGCUUAUAAGCGUGGGCUAACUGUGGAAUGCCAUCGCUGUAAGAAAGUUGGUGCUACGUUAAGUUGUUUUAAAGUACGUUGUGCCAAUUCUUUCCAUCUACCAUGUGCUCAGGAUGCUGGCUGUAUGUUCUUCCAAGAUAAGACAAUAUUAUGUAGUAACCACUUACCAAAAGGACCAGUAGAGAAUGAACUGUCAUCACUGGUGGUCAAUAGACGUGUCUAUAUAAACAGGGAUGAAGAUAGACAAAUAGCUAGUAUGAUACAUCAAGAAGAGGGCAACCAUAUUCUACGUAUUGGUUCUCUCACUUUACAUUGUAUUGGACAGCUAUUACCACACCAAAUACAGACCAAUAACUUUAAUACUAGAGAAUAUAUUUAUCCUGUUGGAUUCCGAACAAGCCGAUUCUACUGGAGUACACGAGAGCUGUAUAAACGCUGUCGUUAUACAUGCUUCAUACAAGACAAUGAUGGAAAACCUGAAUUUGCCAUCAAAGCUACAGAGACUGGUUAUAAAGAUCUUGUUUUUAAAGAUUCUAAUCCUAAAGAUGCCUGGAUGCAAGUGUUUACACCUAUAGAGAAAAUAAAACGAGAAAAUGAUUUAGUUAAGUUGUAUCCAUCAUUUGUGACUGGUGAAGAAAUGUUUGGUUUAACUGAAACUAAUAUUGUUAAAGUAUUGGAAUCACUUCCCGGAACAGAUUUAUUAAAAGAUUAUAGUUUUAAAUUUGGAAGAUCACCAUUGAUAGAGAUGCCAUUAGCUAUCAAUCCUACUGGUGCUGCUCGAACUGAACCUAAAUUACGAACACACUUCAGAAGACCACAUGCUUUACAAACUAGCAGUUCAUCACGAUCUCUACCAUCAACAGUAACUGGUGUAACUGGAGAUAUUAACUCUCCGUAUAUGAAACAAUUUGUUCACUCUAAAUCACAACAAUAUCGACGUCUAAAAACAGAAUGGAAAAUUAACGUCAAUUUAGGUAGAUCAAGAAUUCAAGGCCUGGGUCUAUUUGCUGCUAAAGACCUAGAGAAACAUACAAUGGUGAUAGAAUAUAUUGGUGAUUUGAUACGAAAUGAGGUGGCCAAUAGAAGAGAAAAAACAUACGAAGAACAGAAUCGUGGUAUAUAUAUGUUCCGUAUUGAUGAUGAUAAUGUAAUUGAUGCUACUAUGUCUGGAGGUCCAGCACGAUACAUCAACCACUCCUGUGCUCCAAACUGUGUAGCUGAGGUGGUACCAUUUGAGAAAGAUAGUAAAAUUAUUAUUAUUACCAAUAGAAGACUGAGUAAAGGAGAGGAAUUAACCUAUGAUUAUAAAUUUGACUUUGAAGAUGAAUCCCACAAAAUACCAUGUAGUUGUGGAGCAGGUUGCUGUAGAAAAUGGAUGAACUGA